GUAAGUUUAGUGUUUAUAUUUUGGAGAUUUCUUGAAUUCAAAUAUUAUUUAUAAUAUCAUUAAAUAAUAUAUUUGCAAACAUUUCUCAAACCAUAGUACGAAGUUAUAAAUUUAUUGUAUAAAAUGAAAGAUUUUGUUCUCUAUAAAUUAAAUAUAGUACAUUUGAAUCACUAGUUCUUGGAAUUAAUUAAAUUUGGAAUAAGUUUAGGAAUUAAUUAAAACUAUUGGAAACACUUUUUGAUGAGAUCUGAGCUGAUUGCAUAUACAUAAUGGAUAUGAAAUUCAUAUUCAAAUUUAAAAUAUUUGGAAUUUUAAUAUUCCUCUUAACACCAUCAGAGCAGUCUACAACUAUUUUGAGUCCGAGUAUCAUCACUCAAAAUGUGCCGAAUAUACGGCAAGAUAACUUAGUAAAACAACAAAAUGAUAAUCGUAUUGAUUUAAGCCAAAUAUGCCCUAAUAUAUUUGCUCAAACUUUUGAUCAAUCCGCCCCUAUUGGAGAUCAAAAAUCUGGAAAUUUCACGCAGGAAAAAGAUGUAACUGAAUUGAUUCCAUGCGUAGAAAAAUGUUGCUUGAAAAAAAAGGAUUGCAAUGUUGCAUUUAUCUUUGAAAAGAAUUGCUAUCAUGUUAAAUGCAAUUCAAACAAGCUUUGUUUACCUAAAAGAAGAUCUAAUUUGAAAAGACGUUUGGAAAUGGUUUUGGUGAACCCGGUUGAUAAUGAAAAUAAUGGUUUUUCCUGGAUUGAUAUACUUAAAACAGAAAAUGUAGAGUAUUUCCUGCCUCCAGGAAUCAACACGCUAGAUAAAAUAAACUUCUGGAAAAAAAGUCAUAAAAUACGAUUAAGUGAUGACGGAAUUCCAAAUUAUGAGGAUAUCGCAAAUCCAGAAUCUCGAUUAAGAACGGCUAUUUUUGGAUCUCGAAAACUGCCGCUUGAAGAUGAAAGUGAUAGCUAUGGAACAGAACAACAUUUUGUAGAUGAAGGGGAAGAUCUUCCUGAAGAUCCAUCUUUCUUAGAUACAUUAAACUCGAAACCUUGUGCAUUAAUAUCGUUGAAUAGAGUUUGCCCUAUAAAUGAAGAAUGUGUUAAAAUUCCUUCUAAUACAGAGAAGGGUGUAUGUAAUUGUAUUGAAGGGUAUCACAGAAAUAAACAUGGAAAAUGUAUAAAAUUAAACUUAGAUUUUUCUGCAGUAGAAAACUUUUUAGCCAGCAUCAAACAAAACCCAAAUAUAGUUGGACCAUUUUCUGAAAAUUCGGAAAAUGAAGAAAAACUGAAUGAAGAGGUGGUCACUGCAAAACCUAGCAUUAAAGAACUUUUAAUAAAAGCUGAUUCGAAAGUUGUUCAGUUACCAGAAAAAGAGGUGACCUUAGCUGCGUUUAUUUAUCCAAGUGAUAAAUCCACUGAUGAAACUUAUAAAUAUUCGUGGACGUUAAUAUCUCAACCUAGCGGGGCGGUUAACGGCACUAUUUCUGACCAAUCAAAAGACAAAGUAAAUCUCUCUAAUUUAUCAGAAGGGCUUUACACAUUUAAAGUGACUGUGACAGGCAAUCAAAGUUAUGGAGAAGCUAUAGCUAAUGUUACAGUGUUACCUGAAAAAAGGAUAAACAAGGCUCCGGAAGUUAUAAUAACUCCCAAAGAACAAACAAUAAAGCUUCCGAACAAUGAAGCUAUCUUGGAUGGAAGCACAAGUACCGAUGAUGAUAAAAUUGUUGCAUUUCAUUGGGAAUUAAUACAGGGCCCGAUAGGAUAUCAACCUAAAUUACCUGACACAAGCACUUUACAACUUACUGAUUUGGAAAUGCCAGGAAAUUAUACUUUUAAAUUAACUAUUACAGACUCUGAUAAUAUUCAAAAUUCCACCACCGCAAAUAUAACUGUUGUAAAAACAACUGAUUAUCCUCCUGAAGCAAAUGCUGGAACUGAUAUCAUAUUGUAUUUACCACAUAACAAUGUAACUUUGAACGGGUCAUUAAGCACUGAUGAUAAAGAAAUUGUUGCAUGGGAGUGGACAAAAGACACGACAGAAGAGGAAGGAAAAGCCGUUGAUAUGCAAAACACUCGAACACCUUUUCUUCAAUUAUCAAAUUUGGAAGAAGGGAUUUACACCUUCAUACUAAAAGUUACAGAUGCAAGUAACCAGACCAGUUCCGCAAAGGUUCAUGUAUUUGUAAAACCACCAACAAAUCUACCUCCGCAUGCGCAAGCUGGAACAAAUUUAACCAUUAAUUUACCGCAGACGUGGGCUACUUUAAAUGGUUCUGCGUCAACAGAUGAUAUAAAAAUUACUAUUUUUAAGUGGAACCAAAAGUCUGGACCAAAUGAAGCUGUUAUAGAAAAUGCAAAUAAUUCUGUGGCUAACGCAACAUCUUUAACCAUUGGCCUGUAUGAGUUUGAACUUUUAGUUACGGAUGAAAACAAUAACAGUGCUUCAGAUUCAGUAUUUGUGACUGUAGUUCAAGAAAAAAAUGCAGCACCUAAAGCUGAUGCGGGCGGAAAUCAAACUUUAAGAUUGCCAAUAAAUACAAUAUAUUUAAAUGGUAGCAAAUCUUCAGACGAUUUGAAAAUUACAAAAUACUUGUGGACAAGAGAUGAUAAUAGUUUAAUAGCUGGAAAAAUCAUUGGAACCACUGAUCACGAACCUAUUCUAAUGUUAACAAAUAUUGUCGCCGGUCGAUAUGUAUUCACACUUACAGUAUUUGAUGAUCAAGGACUUUCAAAUUCGCAAACAGUCAAUAUUGUUGUCAAACAAGAUCCUAUGAUAUUAAACUUAGUUGAAUUAUAUCUAUCGAUUGAUUACGCUUUGUUAACUAAAUCUGAAUUUGAUGCUAUAGUGCAAAAAAUUGUAUUAUUGAUCGGUGAAGUAAAAGUUCAUGUUAGAGCCCUUAAAGAAGAUACGAAAUCUGGAACAGCAGUUUUAGAAUUUUAUGUGGAAAAAAUUCAUUCGAAUGGAAAGACGGAAAUUGUAUCUGGAUAUGAAGUAGAAAAAAUUUUAAAAGAUAAAUUUCUACGUGAUGAUUCAAUUCUUGGUAUACCAUUUACUGACGCACGAACCGUGAUUUGCCAAAACAAUUGUUCAGGACAUGGAUUAUGUAAUACCAUUACACGAGCUUGCCAAUGUGAAUCAUUUUGGAUGCCAUCUAUUUUCUAUUAUUGGGGCGUAGAUGAAGGCAAUUGUGAUUGGUCAAUUCUAUACGUCGUUAUUGGGCUGUUUGUAGGAUUUUUAAUGUUAUCAGGCUUCUUUUGGAGUUUAUUAUGCUUUUGCAGGAAACAAAGACAACGAACGAAGAAAAAACGUACACGUCCAAAAAAACAAAAAUAUGCACCCCUUGUGACCCAAGAAGAUGAAUUGCCUUCAUGUAAGUACAAAGAUCAUCGAGGCACGUCCUUAACUGAUUCAGAAACAGAUUCUGAUGUUUUAUUUGAAAGUAAUUCAAAACAAAAUGGGAAUCUUAGACAGAAUGGAGCAAAUAGAUCAAGUUCAAGAUAUUCAAAAACUCGAUUAGGAAGAAAAAUCAAAACAUAAUUUGCUAUCAUUUUUGAAAAAUUAAGUAAAACAAUAAAAAAAAACAGUGUAUUACAAUAUUAAAUUUAGGGAGAAAUAAGAAAAUUAUUUGUUAAUCUUUUGAAACGUAAAUCAUUUCUUAGUAAUGGUUGUUUAAAUAUUUGAAGAAUUAUAAUUUUUGAUUAAUAUAGUUUUACAUAAUCAGUUCAUAAAAAACAUAAAUUAGAUCGUAUUAAUCAAAAAUAUUUAAUAAUAAAAAAUAAUGGUGUCACUUGUAUUAGCCGCAAAAUUCAAAUUUUAAAAAGUAGCACAAAAUGUUUGAGAGAAACAAUUUAAAAAUCAAUUUUCCAAAAGCAUAAAAAAUAUUUUGGAUAUUUCAUUUAAAUUACUACAAAUUUAGUAUUAUAUCAAAAUUUAUAAUAUACAAUGUAAAGUUCCUAUGUUUACACCAAGAACAUAAAGUAUUUAAAAUUUUGGAAAAUAAAAAUGAAAUUUUAUUUUACUACAUAGUUUUAUGGAUACUUCGCUAACUUUAAUUAGGACGUGUGCAUUUAGUAUAAAUUUUGGCGAUAGCUCCCCACAAGAUCAGUUUUUCAUCUGUUUAAUAAAACAAUUGUAUCUUUAUCGCCCUAGAAGAUGAAUAUGAGCAUGUAUUUCUUUUACAUAUAUCGUCAUAAAAAUUUUCUUAAAUUUUAACUUACUGUGUAUAAAGAAACAACGUAAUGCAUUUUACGUUCUUACCAAAUAGAUAGAUAGAUAUAUUCAAUGAAUGUUCAUUUGUCAUGAUGCUUUCCUUGGGUACAACCAGAAUUUACUAAUGCAUAUACAUACACAAUAGUCACUAAAAGCUGAACGAAUAGCCGAUUGACUACUAUGGAAAUAAAAUUUGUAAAUAAAAAUUUACAAUACAUUUCUUUAUUACAAUUCAUUUAAAAUACAUUCAAUAAUACAUUUCUGCAUCUAAUACAAUUUUUACACCAUUAUUUAAGCAGAACGUUAAAAUGCAACAAAAAUUUUUAACACUUAAUUAAAUUAAUACUUUUCGUUUUAAUUUCCAGUUAAGUAAAAUUGAUAAUUUCAAUAGGCUUUCCUUAUUCGUUGGAGCAAAUAAAGACAUUCCAAU